AUGAAAUAUUUUUUUAUAAAUCUUUUAUUGUUGACUCAGUCGAUAUUUUGUUUUAAGAAAGAAGAACCACAAUUUAUUAAACCAACAUCUCAAUUUUUUAGAAUUACUGGAUUUAUAAAUGACAUACAUAAUUAUAGUAGUUAUUUUUCAAUUGAAAUUAACGCAAAAAUUCGUAAUAUAUUUAGCAUAGAAUCAACACAUGUUCAUCUUGCUCGUUUUAACAUUUAUGAUCUUGAAAUUGAUAAAAAAUCUGGUUUUUUUUAUAAAAAAAUUACAAAAAAAAUUAAAUUAAUAAAAACACAAGAAGAAGAAGAAGAAGAAUAUAUAAAGCUUACUGAUGCUUAUGAACCAGAAAAAAAUUUUCUUGACGUUUUGUCGAAACGUGCAGGUCCAUAUCUAAUUGAAAAUAUCGUUUUCCAUUUAAAAAAUAUGCCAAAAAAGAAUGAAAUUAUUAUUAACAUCAAAUCUCGUUUUUUUAUUCCGCCAUUUUUAUUUCAAAUAAAUAAAGAAAAAAAAAUGAAGAUUGAUGAUUUUGAUUCAGCUUUUGAGGAAAAACUAUCAAUUUUGUGUAUUAUUAAUGCUGAUGAUUCAAAAAAGUUUCGAGAUUACACAUGUAUAACAUAUAUUACAAAUUUAAAAAACACAUCUUUUUCUGAUAAAGGAUAUGUUUGUCGUUGCUCUGAUGCCAUAAAUUCAAAUUAUAGUAUUUUUGAAAAAAUGGAUAGUAAUCAUGAUAAGUUACUUAAUGAAGAAAAAAAUAAAUUUCGAAAUAUAUUUGAAGUUUCAAACAUUGAUAAUAACUUUGAACAACCGUAUUUUUUGCAUGCUACAAAUGAAAUUUUUUAUUUAGAAUCAAAUAACAAAAAAAACGUUGAUCUUAAACUUAUGCUUAGCAAUAAACAUAAAAAAAUUUUAUUAUUUCUUGUAAAUAAAAACUUUUCAGAAAAUUUAUUAUGUUCAGUUGACAUAAACCAAAAUAUAAGUACUCACCCAUCAAAUUGUGUUUUAAAAAGAAAUCCAAAUAAUUAUAUUCAUAUUAUGAUAGAUAUUACUAAAUUAAAGCGUAAUUUUAUAAUAAAAGUAGUAUAUUUAAAUAUAUAUGAUCAAUAUUUUCAAAUAUAUAAAACUUUUAUUACACGAAUAUUUAAACAAUUAAGGGAACCUAGAUCAUUACAAUUUUUCCCUGAAGAUUGUCAUUACAUUCCAAAUUUUUUAAAGCAAAACUAUGAUCAACAUUUAAGAAGUAUCAAUAAUUCACUUUCAAUUGAAAUAAAUGGAAAACAUGUCAUAAAUGUUUAUGUUAAUUCAAAUUUUGAAAAUGCUACAAAUGAUAUUUUCAACACUCCGUCAUAUCUUGCAAAUUAUUUAUGUGGAGAUAUAAACAAAACAGGAAAAAUUGAUUUUUCAAAAAUUAUUAAUGCAAAAGUUUUAUAUAAGACACUUGAAAAGGAAAAGAAAAUGGAAAAUGAAAGUGAAGAAAUGACAUUUAAAUCUUUUUUAUUAUUUGAAUUUAGUAAUAUUUCUAAAGUAAAAUUUAAUUAUAUUAAUAAUAGUAUGAGAAAUGAUUACAGUUUAUAUACAGAAAAAAGUAACAAUGGUCAUUUAUGGAAAAAGUUUUUAAACAUUAAAGAAGACAACUAUAAUCAAGAAUUUACUGAAUUAGAAACAGAUGUUGGUGUAUGGAUUUGGAUAUGGAGUAUAUUAGCCUUAUGGAUGCUUUUAUGCUUUUUUAGUCUUCCAGUUAAGCAUAUAUUUUUGACAAAAUAUAUUUAUAAGAUUUUUAAAGAUAAAAAUAAAUGA